GUCCCGCGGAGCAUUGUAGAUGUGUUUAGAUGCUCCAGUGUUCUGCAUGAGCGUAAGGAGUGGACUUUUCUCGUCCUUCUUCGACUCUUGGAUGUUUGUCAAAUGUCCGGGUUUCAGGCUCUUUCAGUUGUUCCUGAUGGGGUCCAUCACCUGUCAGUGAAUAAAGAAGCAGCAUGCCCUGAGCUGCAGGAGAGGGGCAAGCAUCUGAAAAUUAAAGAUGAACCUGAGGAACUGUGGAGCAAUCCAGAGAACGAGCAAAUUCACAGGCUAGAAGAUGACAUCAUCAAGUUCAUGUUUGUUCCUGUCCCUGUGAAGACAGAAGAUGAUGAAGAGGAACCUCAGUCUUCACAGCAUUAUCGAAAACAAACCAAAGAGUCAGCCAGGUACUUUGAUCCAGAGAGAGAUUUACAACAAUAUUCCGAGGUCAAGACUGAAGACUCUUCUGAUCCAGAGACUGAUGACAGCGCUGAUUGGAGGGAGAUGACAGAACACCAGCCACAUUUAAAGUCAGCCAUGGAAAGCACAAACACAGGAGCAAAGAUUCAAAAGAAAUUGUAUAUCUACUCAGAGUGUGGAAAAAGAUGUAAGGAUGAAAGGGGUUUGAUUAGACGCAUGGUUGUUCAUACUAAAGAAAAACCCUUCAGCUGCUCCGAGUGUGGUCAGAGAUUUCCCCGACGAGGCAAUAUGAUGAGACACAUGAAAUCUCACGAUGGAGUAAAACCUUUUGUCUGCUCUGUGUGUGGUCAGAAAUUUACCCAAAAAACAAGUUUAGCUAUUCACAUGAGGUCUCACACAGGAGAGAAACCAUUUGUCUGCUCUGAGUGUGGUCAGAGAUUUACACAAAAAACAAGUUUAGCUAUUCACAUGAGGUCUCACACAGGAGAGAAACCAUUUGCUUGCUCUGUUUGUGGCAAAAGAUUUACCCGUAAAAGAGGUUUGACCACACACAUGGUAGUUCAUACUAAAGAAAAACCCUUCCCCUGCACUGAGUGUGGUAAGAGAUUCCCCCAUAGAGGCAGUAUGAUGAAACACAUGAAAUCUCAUAAAGGGGUAAAACCUUACGUCUGCUCAGAGUGUGGUAAGAGAUUUACCCAAAAAGAAAAUUUGACUAGUCACAUGAGAAUACACACAGGAGAGAAACCAUUUGUCUGCUCUGAGUGUGGUCAGGGAUUUAGCCAAAGUGGAAGUUUAACUGUCCACAUGAGAAUUCACACAGGAGAGAAACCGUUUGCUUGUUCUGUUUGUGGCAAGAGAUUUAACUGUGAAGGACAUUUGAGUUCACACAUGAUAGUUCAUACCAAAGAAAAACCCUUCCCCUGUCCUGAGUGUGGUAAGAGAUUUCCCCACAGAGGCAGUAUGAUGAGACACAUGAGAUCUCACAAAGGAGAGAAGCCUUUCGUCUGCCCUGAGUGUGGUCAGAGAUUUACCCUAAAAGGAGGUUUAACUGUUCACAUGAGAAUUCACACAGGAGAGAAACCAUUUGUCUGCUCCAAGUGUGGUCAGAGAUUUGCCCGAAAAGGAGGUUUAACUGUUCACAUGAGAUUUCACACAGGUGAGGAACUGUUUGUCUGCUCUGAGUGUGGCAAAAGAUACACCCAUCAAUCAACUUUGACCAGGCAUAUGCAAAUUCACCAGAGAAAAACCUUUCAGUCACCCUCAGUGUGGUGAGAGAUUUACCCAAAAAGGAAAUGUGACUGAACACCUAAAAAGUUGUGAAUCGUUAUCAGCAGGAUUAUCUUGUAGUGAAGAGCCAGGUUUCAGUUCCUGUUGACUCUCUUUGUUUUCUCUGAAGGGGGGUAAACUUUCCUGCCAUGCAUCAGGGUCAGCUCAAGCAUCAGGGGUGCCUCUGUGCAUCAGCGCUUCAAGGAAAACACAGGUCCCCAAUGGUCUCGCUGCGGCGCAGUUCGAAACAAUUGGACCUAAUGUGAAAACACCCUUAAUACCACAAUUUUACAGUCCAAAAAACUUUAAAUAUUUUAAUCACUUUUUAAUCCCUGUUUAAUUGUGUAGCAUGCAAUUUGAUGUUUUAGUAUUACAGUAUUGUACAACCACUACUGCUAAUCCUUUUAUGUACAACAUAAAUGAUGUACAACAAUGAUGAGGAAAGCCAAACCAGAAUAUUUUUUUAACCUAGUAUUUAACUCUUUCUCUGAUCCUGCAGAAAUCUGCAAAGUGAUUAAUACAAAUAAAAAUAAUUCCUCCAUCCCCACUCGGAUUCUGGUCAAUGAUCAUGUAAUCUCUGACCACAAACAGAUUAGUCUGACCUUAAAUGAACACUUUGUUGCCACUGGUCACCUUUUCCAGAAUCAUCCAAAAAAUCACUCUGAUAUCAGCUUAUUGCGUUCCCCAUCCUCCCCACUGUUUACCAUACAUUCAGUCUCUUUAAGCAUGGUUAGAGAUACGCAGUAUGAUACUGUAUGCAGAUGAUACAGUUCUAUAUUGUUUUGCAGAAAAUGUGCUGUCUGCUUGUAAUAUGCUGCAUCAGUCAUUUAAUCAAACACAUCAAAAGCAGUCGACCAAAAUGUACAGUUGUAGCGAGAAAUGGAUUAAUGAUUAAAAGAGUAAAUUCUUACAAAUUCUUUGGUGUUUGGAUUGAUGAUAAAAUGCCUUUCAAUUGUCAUAUCAAUGAUCUUGUUGGCCGACUGGCAAAAAAAUUAAACUUCCUUAUGUUUUGUAGGAAGAGGGUAGUGGAGGCUGUUUUUAUGCCAGUCCUUGACUAUGGUGAUGUUAUUUACAGAACAGGUAAAUGAGUCCACACACCAGAAGCUGCUCCAAGGGCUAUUUAAUAAAGAUUAUCCCCACAUGUGACGUUUCGGGCCUAAGCCCUUCAUCAGACGUUCAUCAGAUGUUAUUUACAGACAUGCAGCCCCUACAACCCUCAAACGGCUCGACUCUGUUUACUCUGCAUUAAGAUUUAUCACUGUUGUUCCUUUUAACACACAUUGUUGCAUUUUAUAUCGUAAGGUUGGCUGGUCUUCUCUAGAGAUGAGAAAAAAUUUUCACUGGCACCUUUUUAUUUAUGAAGCCCUUUUAGAAAAAUGGCAAUCUUACCUCACUGAGCUUCUCCAUCUGUCUUUUAACAAUCAACGUCACACACGCUCCUCUGGCCAGCUGCUUUUGCAUGUUCAUGAGUCAGGUCAGAACUGGGAAAGACUGCCUUUUCCUAUUCUGCCCCUGACUUGUGAAACAGGCUACAGCAGCUGCUAAAGUUUACCGAGCUUUUACCUUUUGGGCUUUUUAGAAAUGUUUUUUUAGAUCUGCAGCCUUAUGUCUGUAAUUGUUUUGAGUGUGACCUUUAUAGUCAUUUCCUCAUCUCCAGUCUGAUGAUUUUAAUGCCCUUUUGUCAGUCUCUCCUAUGUUUUUAUUGUUUUGUAUUCUCUGAAUUUCUUCUAUAAUUGACUUGACAUCAUUAUAAAUGAG